AUGUAUAAUGGUGAAGAGUUAGACUACUACGAAUUAUUGGAUGAGAUCCUAGAGAUUGACUAUUAUGGCAUGGGGCGCUCGACUAUUGUACUAUUCAAAUUUGGUCCUCCAUCGGGUGGUAAGACAUCCUCUUUGCCAGAGCAUAUUGGCCUUCCACGCAUCCCUCUUAUAGGUGGUUCUAUAUCGGGAGCCAUGUCAUCCUUUUUGCCUAACCCUAAUGGCCUUCUAUGCAUCCCGCUUACAAGUGGUUAUGUACCAGGAGCCACAUCAUCACCUUUGUCUAAACCUAGUGGCCUUCCACACCGUGCUCUGAUAUGUGCUUUUGUAUUGGGAGCCAGGUCAUCGCCUUUUCCUGGUCCUAGUUACCUUCUACAUAACAUUUUUAUAGGUGGUUCUAUAUCAGGAGGCAAGUCAUCUGCUGACCUUAGUGUCCUUCAAGACAACCCUUGUUUGUGUGGUUCAACACCGAGAGUUAGGUCAUCACCCGACCCUACUGGCCUUCCACGCAUCCCUUUGGGGAUGAUACUACAUAUGGUUAUGGGAUAA